AAAUCUUGCCACUUUCUUAAUGUAGUCUACUUAAUUAUUCUUUCAGUCCUUAAUAACUUAGGACAGUUUAUCUUCAAACGUUUCUGCUGACUUCAUGUUCUGUCUUCAUGUUUUCUGUUCUCCUGUUCCUGUCUUCUUGCUUUGAACAUAAUAAAUUAAAUCUAGGCAAUGAGAAACAUUUCAGAGAAACAGACUUGCUGGAAAGGCACUUGGUAUUCACCUGCCACACCAUCCCUCCCAUGGCAGGAAUCCCCUCUAAAAUUUCUUAGACAGAUGGCAAGCCUGUGUCUGCACAGACCCUUCGUGGGAGAAGAAGCUCACUCUUUACAAAGGAGUUAGUUCCAGUGUGGGAUAGUUUUAACUGUUCGAAAAGUCUUCCUUCAGUCAGUCUGCAGAUUGCCUCUGCAGUCUCUGAUGUUCCUCUGAUAGUAUUUCUCCAGCUCAUUAAAAAGAACAGUGGCUGACAUGGAUCACCCCCUGCACUAAGGUAGAUCCCAGUGCCAUCUGCAUGGUGCAGGUAAGGAAAGCCAGGGAGAUGCGGUAGUAAGGGGUGGAGCCAGGGUGGGAACCCCAGAACCUGGAGGGUGCAGCCAUAUGAGCCUUCUUUCCUCCUUGCUUACUUAGCCCAUCUGGUCCUCUGUAAUCUGUUUCUUUCAGAUGCCUUUCCCCCACUCACCAUUGGAAUGGUUACGAGUUAGUGUUCUCUGACUUUUAGUCUUUGGCUCUGUCCCCCUGCUGUUCUGCCUUAGAACCCAGACAUCAUAUCUCACCCCCUGUUCUCUGAAUUGUGAAGUCUGCUUGCUGGAAUGUUCUGAAUGCCACACUCCUGGCACUCUCUCCAGCACCAGCAAAGGUGGCUGGCGCAGGGUCAGUGCUCAGUCCGUACUCAUCAAAUGAUUGACUUCCUGCCUUUGUUAUUAUAUACUCUGUGAAUUCCGAGCCGUUUCCCCCUGGGGUCUCUGAUUUUCCAUUGGUAAACUUUAAAUUCACGGACUUGAUAUGUUCUUCCUCUGUCUUAUAGGAGAUAAAAUUGUAAUUGAUCAGAUGAUCUGCUUUUGGCCAAAGAAGCAGCAAAGGGAGAGUUGUCGCUUCUUGUCACCGUUAGGUUUUGCCUCUGUGUCAGUCUGUAGUCUGUGCUAGAAGGUAGCUGCUGACACACUGGGGUCUAGGAACAUUCUCACAGCAACAUCGCUGGUUUUCUGUGCAUCUUGCAGCGUCGGCCACGUGCUCUCUGCCCCAUGUCCAUGCCCAGGCUUCGAGGGGGUACAUAACCUACCACCUUGACCCGCAGCAGCGCUCCCCCCUGCCAUUCCUUUAAAGCCGUCAUCAUUUAGAAGGGUCCCCUCCAAUGUCACAGGCCCAUUACAAGACGUCCCAUACAACCUUCCGACACCACUAAGCCAUUGCUCAGCGCCUGUGUUAAAGUUUGUUUAUUCCCCUGUUCUCCGUACAUUUGUGUGAAGCCUCACUCUUGCAUGGUGCACGUGUUUCUCUUUCUACUGUAUUAUUCCUGUCAGCAUACACGUGUGCUGUCAUCUCUACUGUCUUAAAGAAAAAAAACCCUCUCUUGAUCCUGCUUCCCCUCCAGCCAUCACCUCCUCUCAAAGCUCCUAAACAAGCCUCCAGCACUCAGUCUCGCCUUUCUUCCAUUCUGUCCCCAGCAGACACUUCACCAAGCUCUUGUUACUGAAGUCAGCAUGUCACUUCCACCUUGCAACAUCCUUGUUCUCUUUUUCUUUUUAGCAGCUAUACUUACCAGACUAUGCGUUUUCUUUAUUUCUCUUAUUUGUUGCCAUGUAUAUGAGCGCCAUAUAUGUGGUUCAUUUUCUUCACUGCCUGGCCUAUAGUAGAUGCUCAGUAAACAUUUUCCGAAUGAACCAGGCCGCUGCUGGUGCUUCCUGCAUUCUAGACGUUCUGUGCACAUACACUUGCUUAAACAUGCCCCUUUAGAGGGCCGUUCCCUUGAGGGCAGGGAGGUUAUAGGAAGUCGUCUUUGUCAUAGCAAGUGGGUCUCGGUGGUCUGAAGGAUUCAUGCCCUUCCAUAGGCAAGCCCAGAGGUGGGCUCGAGCUGCAUCAAGACAGAGUCUGGUUUUUACAUCCUCAGGUGUUAUUUUUCUUGCUAUUUUUCUGGCAUUAAGAGACAUUCUAAUUUCCUUAGCAAGAUAUUGGAAUAAUUAUUUUCCACUAAGGAGGGUGAAGUGAAAUUUUGAGAUCCCCUCAGAGAACCUUACCAGACUGAGCUUUUAUUGUCAGUACCACAAAUUGGAUUUAUUGGGCCUAUUUUGCAUAUGUUAUGAAGGCCAUCUCACCAGGUGUUCAGAACACCCUUCUGCCUCUCAUUCCCCCUCGCCGUUUCAUCCUCCGGCACAACCCAGCACCGCUCUCUGCGAUUUCUCUCAACAGCAGGGGACACAAAUUCUGCCACCGCAGCAGGAAGGAGGUUUUGUUUUGAAAGCGGCCCUAGGCCUGGCAUCAGAUGGGCUGGGGGUGGGAAGGAGGGCGCCUGCUCUGCUCUCUUCCCCUUCCUUUCUGGCUCAUGUCCAGACCCAGCCCCUUGUCACUCCUUCCAGGGACAGAUGUUUCCAUGACUGUUCAGAGCAAUGCAAAGGCACAGGUUGAGAAUACAGACAGACCUGAGGUUGACAACAAGCUCCUUCAACUGACCAGCUUCAGGCAAGUCCCUUUAACGUCUGAGCCUCAGUUUCCCCAUCUGCUAAGUGGGACAAAUGAUACCUGUUAGGCAAGGCUGGUAAAUAUAAGGCAUCCAUCCCAUCUAGCCUGAGGUCUGGCAGAGGAAAGGUAGCCCCCACCUCCACAAAUUGUUGCUGCUAUCUUUCUCUUUUUAGACUUAGUGAUUGUGCCUAAAAUCAAAAGCCUGGGAGAUGAUGAAACACUAAACACCAGCAACCAUGUUUUGGCACAAGCAAAAUAAUUCUUGUUAAAAAAUAAUGGAAAACUCCAUUUCUCGCCAAACAAACAAAAAAUGCUAGAGACUGGGGGGGGGGAAUAUUUUGAAAAGCCUACUCCCUUUUAUCACUUUGAAUGAGUCAUUUUUCUUUAGUAAACAGGAGUGGGAAGCUUAAAAUUAAUCAAGAUAGAGGCGGAUAGCAUCAUUUUAAAGUGAAAGCAUAAAGGAAGGUAGUAAAAGGAAUAAAAAUACACUGUAUGUGAGCGGAUAUUGAAGGCAGAGCGUUCAGAGCUCGUGAAAGAUGCUUUUUGUCCAUCCAGCAAUGUCUGUAGUUUUUUAAAGUUUUUAUCAGAUUACUUUUAUUAUAGAUUGGCGAUUACCGUAAUCCUUAGAGAGCCUCCUAAGUGAACAGCUGUGUGUUUGUUCUGUUUCUUUUGGCAGCAGGAGCAGGGAGAUGGGGAAGGAAGCGAGGCCUUUUUGAUAGUUUUAGCGUUUGUUUUUUUACACUGAGGUGGAGAACCCAUCCUGACCUGAACACGUGUCAGACGGGGUCCCUCUGAGAGAUUCCGUCAGAGAGCGUGGCCUAGAAGAGGAGGUCCUGGCAGCCCGUGAGGAUGGACGACAGCUCUGCCUGCAGUUGAGCACAAAGACCUGGAGGAGACUCCCACAUCCUUCGGGGAGAAGAAAGGAGUCAGCUGAGCAGAUUAAAGGAACUUGUGGCUUGUGGCCUUUUGGAAAGGGGGAAAGUGAAUUAGAGGCCCUGUGGCAGUUAAUGAGCUGUGAGAUGAGGCACCGCUGCUGCUGCUGACACCCAGAUUCCAAGCUCCGUCCGCGCUGCCCUUUGUGCUUCAUGUACAUGUGUCUAUUCAGCGCAUCCGGAGGCGCCCAGACCAGAAUCCAACACGGCUGCCGGGGAGAGACCACCCACCAUGCCCACGGAGACCCUACAGACAGGUAGCAUGGUGAAGCCGGUCAGCCCCGCGGGCACCUUCACCUCGGCGGUCCCCCUGCGCAUCCUCAACAAAGGGCCCGACUACUUUCGCAGGCAGGCCGAGCCCAACCCCAAAAGACUCAGCGCCGUGGAGAGGCUGGAAGCGGACAAGGCCAAGUAUGUCAAGAGUCAGGAGGUCAUCAACGCCAAGCAGGAGCCCGUGAAGCCGGCCGUGCUGGCCAAGCCCCCGGUGUGCCCCGCCGCCAAGCGCGCCCUGGGCAGCCCCACGCUCCGAGUGUUCGGCAGCCACGCCAAGACCGAGAGUGGCGUGCAGAGGGAGAACCUGAAGCUCGAGAUCCUGAAAAACAUCAUCAACAGCUCUGAAGGCUCCAGCUCGGGCUCGGGACACAAGCACAGCUCCCGGAACUGGCCGCCCCACCGGCCAGACUCCACCGACCUGCACCGGCACUCGUUCGCCGAGUCCCUGAAGGUGUACCCCACGCAGGGCCGCGGCAGCCCGCAGGAAGGCGGCUCCCACGUGGGCAGGAGGCUGCUGGAGCAGUCGGCGGAGUCCUUCCUCCACGUCUCCCACAGCUCCUCAGACAUCCGCAAAGUGACCAGUGUGAAGCCCCUAAAAGCGAUCCCCUGCAGUAGCUCCGCCCCUCCUCUGCCUCCCAAGCCCAAGGUCGCGGCCAUGGCCGCCAUGAAGUCCCCUGAAGCUGACCCGGUGGAACCAGCCUGCGGAGUCACCCGAAGACCCUCGCUCCAGCGGUCUAAGUCGGACUUGAGUGACAGGUAUUUCCGUGUGGACGCAGACGUGGAGAGGUUCUUCAACUACUGCGGACUGGACCCCGAAGAGCUGGAAAACCUUGGAAUGGAAAACUUUGCAAGGGCUAAUUCCGACAUCAUAUCCCUCAACUUCCGCAGCGCAAGCAUGAUCAGCUCAGACUGCGAACAGUCUCAGGACAGUAACAGUGACCUUAGAAAUGAUGACAGUGCCAAUGACCGGGUGCCAUAUGGCAUUUCUGCCAUCGAAAGAAAUGCUAGGAUCAUCAAGUGGUUAUAUAGCAUCAAACAAGCUAGAGAGUCACAGAAGGUAUCCCACGUGUAAGACAAAGUGCGUGCAAAGGAGGGAGGGAUGGGUCUCUGUGCAUCCGCAGUCGUGAAGGUUGUGAGGUCUCCUUGAAGUGUUGUGAGCUUCUCCACUCUUUGUGUUGCUUGUUGUGCAAUGUUUCCAAGUUGCAUGCCUGUCAACAUGGGGACUGACCUGGCUUCCACGUCAACCAUCGCUGCAGAGCCUGGCUGAACACAACGUCAUCUGCCAAGAGUUUCAGGCCAGAAUCUGAUUAGGGCUUCAAUCUUAAGCAAAACUGUUUACACAAAAAACGGUAUACAACUUCUUCAAUAUUUAUGUGGUUCUUGUGUUUUUAUAUCCCGAGUUCUUGUGUCUUAAUUAAAAGUUUUAUCAACUGGCUUUUAA